GAUUCAGUAACUUUUUUGUCUCACAAGUUGAGUCUUUCCCUGGAAACUCUGCAUCCUUUUUGUGCUACAAAGUUUAAAGUCUGUACAGCUGGUAUCGUCUGAAGCAGUAGAAAGGAGGUCAUCCUCAAACAGAAUUGUGGUUACAGAGUUGAGUGUAAAUUCCCCGAGGUGCGGACCAAAAUAGUGAAAACUGCCUAAGAAUUCUUGCAGGACGACAGCAACAGGUGUGUCGAGCAUCUGGGACAGUCCACUGAAAGAUGACUAAGAACUGGGAACCCUGGCUUUCAGAAAAGACAGGCACGCUGGCAAACCAGAGACAGGACCUGUGCUGUCUUAGGACCCUCCUCCUCGCUGCGCUACUCAGGUCCGCCUUCACCGGACAGCUGGUCUCCGGGUUUAGGAGCGCGCGUGCACACAGCCUGCUCCCAUCCGCUUCAGCACCACGGAUCUGGAGUGCAAGCUUGUGCAGUUCUUUUUUUACGCGUCAUCUUAAGGCGCGCCGGCUGUCGAGACUUCUGGGAAAUGGAGUCCAUGCGAAGGCAGCCCAUUGAUUGGAGCCCAGAGGCGGAAGACCAUCGCGCAGGCGCACUGCCUUCCCGACCCGAGGCGGUACGGCGUUCGCAGGUACCCAGUACUCUUGCGGAAGGACAGCAUAGGAGGGAAUGGCCACUGUGUCUCCACCUACCAGAUGCCAGACGUCGGUGACAUUUGAAGAUGUGGCUGUGACUUUCACAGAUGAAGAGUGGAGGCAUCUGGUCCCUGUGCAGCGGGCACUCUACAAGGCAGUGAUGCUGGAAAACUAUGAGAGCAUCAUCUCACUGGGGCUUCCCGUGCCUCGACCUGAUGUGAUUCUUCAGUUGAAGAGAAGGGACGAGCCAUGGACACAGGGUCGUCAUGGGUCUGAGGAGAAAGAAUGGCCAGAGAGUGUCUCUCUAGACUGGGAGACCAAGCCCGAGAUCCUAGCUACUUCAGAAGGAACACUGAGAGAAAGCCGUAGAAGGCCAAGUCCUCUCUGCCCUGAACUUGAAGUUCAAGCACUAGCAGGUGGGUUGGAACCAGGAAAGGAAAGUCCUAAAGCAGACACUGGCAAGAAACCCCUUUCCUCGGACAAAAGCUCGCAGCGAAGGUCAGCCCCAUCCAAGAAAGUCCUCACUAAACACCAAGACCAGGAGUGUAGUGACUGUGGGAAGACCUUCUUUGACCAUUCCUCACUCAUCCGCCACCAGAGAACUCACACUGGCGAGAAGCCCUAUGACUGUCCUGAGUGUGGGAAGGCCUUCAGUCACAGGAGCAGUCUCAGCAGACAUCUGAUGGCCCACACAGGAGAGAGCCCGUACGAGUGCAGUGCCUGUGGCAAAGCCUUCUUUGACCGGUCAUCCCUAACUGUGCAUCAGCGGAUUCACACAGGAGAGAAGCCUUUUAAAUGCAGUGAGUGUGGCAAAGCCUUCUUUGACCGGUCAUCCCUUACUCGCCACCAGAGAAUUCAUACUGGGGAGAGUCCCUAUGAGUGUCAGCAGUGUGGGAAAGCCUUUAGCCAGAAAAGCAUUCUCAGUCGUCACCAGCUGAUCCACACUGGCAGGAAGCCAUACGAAUGCAGUGAGUGUGGGAAAGCGUUCUAUGGCGUCUCCUCCCUAAACCGGCACCAGAAAGCACAUGCUGGGGAGCCACACCAUCAGUGCCACGAGUGUGGCAAAGCUUUCUUCGACCGCUCUUCUCUCACACAGCACCAGAAGAUACACACUGGAGACAAGCCAUAUGAGUGUAGCGAGUGUGGGAAAGCCUUCAGCCAGAGGUGUCGGCUCACACAGCAUCAGAGAGUUCACACAGGGGAGAAACCCUUUGAGUGUAGUGUGUGCGGAAAAGAGUUCAGCUUCAAGUCCUCAGUUAUUCAGCACCAGAGGCGUUAUGCCAAACAAGGGACGGACUGACCAGGGGAGAAGCGUGAGCUACGCAAAGGGCCUUCCUAUAGACUUGGUAGGUCUCCCUGUCAUCCACAAACCCAGCAUUUGCUCAUUCUGCCUACUCUGGCUGCCCUCAUCGGUCCCACCUCUGCCCCACAGUGUCUGAGUAAACAGCAUACCUACUGUGCUACAGAACUAAUGUGGAGUGCAGAAACUAAAACAUGAAUCUCCAGAUUGAGAAUUUUGGACAGAGGCUGGGUGUAGCUCAGUGAUAGAAUCCCACCUAGUAAGUCUGCGGCCUGCUGUUCCAUCCCCAGCACUGCGAAAGAAAGUUGGAGAGAUUGUCAGACAGCAGGAUAGAUGUUAGGAGGGGAGUUAGUCUGCAGACAUAACCUUAGGAGAUUGUCAGACAGCAGGAUAGAUGUUAGGAGGGGAGUGAGUCUGCAGACAUAACCUUAGGAGAUUGUCAGACAGCAGGAUAGAUGUUAGGAGGGGAGUGAGUCCGCAGACAUAACCUUAGGAGAACAUAGGUCCCUUGUCACUGCACUUGAAAUAGCUGCAGGCUAUUACAGGGGGGAAUGUCACAAUUAUGCGAGAAGACCAUUUUCUCCAGAAGUUUCUAUAGCUUUUAGUCCUUCGGAAGCUUUUUGGAACACAGACCUUGUUCUCUUGUGCCCUAGCAUUUAGCCCUCCUAGGACUGGUAGUAGUGGUAGCACUUACUAAGCACUUACCUUGGGGUAAACACUCAGCAGAGAAUUUUGGAAGGGCUAGAUUGACUGAUCCUCUAACUAAAUCUGUGAAACAGGUCCUUUUGCUGUCUGACUUUCACAGAUGAGCACAAUGAAGUUUAGAGAGAUUAAGUAAUAUACUCUGGGUGACACAAGGUGAAGCCAGGUGUCUUAGCUACUUUUUUAUUGCUGUGUAGAGACAUGAUAACCAGGGCAACUUACAAAAGAAAGCUUUUAACUAGGGGCUUGCUUGCAGUUCCAGAGGGUGACUCUGUGACCAUCGUGGCAAGGAGCAUGGCAACAGAUAGGCAGGCAUGGUGCUGGAGCAGUAGCUGAGAGCUCACAUCUGAUCCACAAGCAGUAGGCCAAGAUAUAGGGACAGACAGACAGACAGACAGACAGACACACUGAUCUUGGCAUGGGCUUUUGAGACUUCAAAGCCCACCCCCAGUGACACACCUCCUCUAACAAGGCCACACUCCCUAAUCCUUUCUAAACACUCCACCAGCUGGGACCCAAACAUUCAAAUAGCCUGUGGGGGCGAUUUUCAUUCAAACCACCACAUUCCACUCAAGGACAAGAUCAGCUGGUCCUCAUGCUGUGAAACAGGUCCUUUUGCUAUCUGAAUUUCACAGAUGAGCACGCUGAAGUUUAGACAGAUUAGGAACAUACCCUAGACAACACAAGGUGAAACCAGGUCUUUAGUGUGGGUCUGCCUUCAGCGUUUCUAUUAAGCAUGCUCUUAACUUUUGUCUUAUAAUUUAUAUACCUGAGUUGUCUUCUCAACUGGAUUGUAAGCACUUGGAGGUGUGAUUUAAUAGAUCUCUGAAUCUUACACAGUGCCUUGCAAACAUUAGGUUGCUCAAUAAAUGUUUAUCUAAUGAA